AUGCUUCGCGAUGAAUUACCCUUUUCCCCUGGGGACGAAGUUGCAGUUCUUGAUUGUCCUUCUGAUGAGUUAUGGUAUGGAAUUUGUGGGCCUAGAAGUGGGUGGUUUCCUGCUGCAUAUAUUCGACCCAAAAAUCGCGAUUUAUGUCGCCUUUUUUCGUCUGAUUGUGGAAGUGAUAGUAAUUGUUUAAUAAAUAAUUCUUCAACCUCUUGUGACUUUCCUUCCAAUGAGAUGCGUAAAUUAAGGAGAAGAAUAAUUCAAGAGUUGGUGAAUACUGAAAGAGAAUAUGUUCGGUUACUUGAACAUCUUGUGAUGGUAAGUUUUAAAUUAAAAAUUUUUUUUUUAAUUUUUAUUUUGGUUUUUGCAAUCCGGAAAACCCUAAAAUUUUAA